AUGCGGAAAUGGUCGAUAAUUCGCCAGUCGAUUCUACUGAAGGGCCAGUAUCGUGCUCGCGCGACUUGGGUGAUUCUCACCCUCAUUCUCACCCUGUCGGCUCCCACCCGACUAUCUGCAGCACAUAAGCUAACUACAUAUUCUGAGCAGUCAAUAGUUAUUACGCCCUUAGCACCUAAGCGGUACUCUAGGGGCCCUUCGCUCGCUCUGUUAUGA